GGUCUAUAAAUGCCCCAGGAGGGUUGAGAAUUCUCUAGAGGAAGGAGAGAGGUUUCGGCAUUUUGGACAACCGAAGCAGAGGGACAGGUGCAGAUGGGGCCGUUCUCUCCCUUCAACCUCUCCCUUGCGGUUUUCCUGGCUUUCCUUUCCCUGCAAGGCGCAGACUCCAGCUGCCCCAGAGGCUGGCUCAAGCGAGAUAAUCAAUGCUUUGGGUUCUUCAAUGUUGCUUUGAAAUGGCAUGAUGCAGAGGUUGCCUGCCAGGCCUUUGGCGAGAACGGCCAUCUUGCCUCCAUUCACGAUGAAGACGACAUGAAGAUGCUGUCACUACAUCUGAGCCAGAACCUUAAAGAGGAACAACAUAUAUGGAUCGGGUUGUAUGACCCCAACACUGGGAGUGAACACAACAGGCAAUUCAAAUGGACAGACGGCACCACUGGAAGAUACAAUCCUUGGGCACCUGAGGAACCCAAUAAUCCCAGAACCGAACACUGUGUAGAGCUCUACAGCCAAGACUACAUGAAGUGGAAUGACGAAAUAUGCACCGUAAAUCACCCCUACCUAUGCAAAUACACUCUCUGAGGCCAAGAAAAGACUCUGACGUGCUCAGUAGCACCUGGGAGACUGACCAAGAUGCAUCUUCUACCUGCGAGAAUCCAAGUCUUUCCAUGUAUUGUGCUCUGAAGCCCAAGCCCACGCUUCCCCAACCUGGUGCCCUCCAGAGGUUUGGGAUUAAAACUCCCAUCGCUCAGCGGGACAGAAUUUCUCUCCUGUGGCCAAUAAAUUCUCUUCCAAAUACA